AUGGUUUCCACCAUCUGUCUGGACAUUGACUGUGCUGAUGAAUAUGUGUGCAAUACCACAGCCUGUGCCUUUUCUGUUGUUGCACCUGCACUGGGCAUCCCAAUGUUGCUUCCCUUCCUCAAGGCCAUUUGUCAUAGCCAGAAGUUGCAGCAGGCUCAUUGUGCAGGUGUCCAUAUUGUUCAGCAGAUUGCUGUCAUGAUGGGCUGUGCCAUCCUUCCUCACUUGUGCAGCCUUGUCAGCUGUGUUGCUCAUGGUCUCACAGACGAAUGGCAGAAAGUGCAGACAGUGACUGCACUUGCUACUGCUGCCCUAGCUGAAGUGGCUGCACCCUAUGGAAUCAAGUCUUCUGAUGAGGUUCUAUGGCCACUGUGGCUCAGUAUUCACCAGCAUCACAGAAAGGGACUUGCUGCCUUCUUGAAGGUGAUUGGUUUCAUCAUUCCUCUCAUGGACCCAGAAUAUGCUUCAUACUACAUGAAGGAGGUCAUGGUCAUCUUGAUCCACAAAUUCCAGAUGUCAGAUGAAGAGAUGAAGAAGAUUGUCUUGAAGGUCAUUAAGCAAUGUGCUGCUGCCAAUGGUGUAACUGCUCAAUACAUUAAGCAGGAUGUUCUUCCAGACUUCUUCAAGUCAUUCUGGAUCUAUCGCAUGGCGCUGGACAGAGCUGGGGUCUCUGAGAUCGCAGGGAGGAUCAUGAACAAGUUGAAAGACAAAGCAGAGCCAUACCAUAAAAUGGUCAUGGAGACUAUCACAAAAGUUGUCACCACUCUUGGUGACUCUGAUAUUGACAAAUGUUUGGAGGUCUGUCUGGUUGAUGGCAUCACAUGCUCCUUCCAGGAGCAGACUACAGAAGGCCAAGUCAUGCUGGAUGGGUUUGGCACUGUUGUUGACGCUCUAGAUCAUCUCUACUAUCCUCUGGCAGCAUUGAACAACAAAAGCACCAAACAAUGUGACGAGGACCAGCUUUUGAGCAAGCUUGGACUUGUCUUGUUCAAACAACUUGGAGAGGAGUACCCUGGCAUGCUCAGUAGUAUCAUUGCCGCUGAGGGUGCUAUCACAAAUGUGGUCGGUAUGACACAAAUGAACCUCCCCUCCCCCCCCCCCCUGGUGAAAGAUCUUUGCAACCAUCAUGAGAAGGCCCAAGAGGCAUCUAUGAACUUGAUUGGUCAUAUCAUGGAUUGUAGUGCUGAGUUCAUUCCAGCCCAAGAAUGGAUGGGUAUCUGCUUCGAGUCAUUGGAUCUCUUGAAAGCCCACAAGAAAGCUGUUUGUCACACUGCUGUGGACUCGUUCAGAUACAUCACAAAGAGCUUGGGUCCUCAAGAUGUGCUGCUCUUGCUUCCAGUUCUCCUGUUGUGCAGUACAGUUGCAAUUGCCAUCUGGGCAUGA